CAUCGUUGCGCCCUCGGCCCCUUCAGUGAUUGCACCUGGCCACCAUCUUCUCCAUCAUCGCCACCAUCGUCACCACUCACACGGAUACGCCCGCACGCGCGUACGCCAAUCGAUGGCCAGUGACCAAGGGCGUUUACCGCCUCCUUCACACAGCGCCCAACCGGCUCUGAGCCCCGAAGUCUUCCAGGAGGAGCCUCCAUCCUUUGAGAGAGCCUUUGCUGGAAGCACUUCUGCCGCUCAUCAGCCUCCCUCUUUGGGAAGCGUAUCUGCUUCUGGCCUCGCACCAAAGGCUGCCGAGAGCCCGCUGAGACGAACCAUUAGCGUACGAGACUCGCCUUCGCAGCAUGCGCGGAACCCUUCGAACCGCUCAACGUCACGCAACUCGGGCCAUUGGGGCAGUAUGCGUGGCCGGAGGGCGAGCAACGCACGCUCAUCCCUCGCUGGACAUGCGGCUGGUCCAAAGGCCGAUGGCAUCGGUGGCAUGGGAAGAGGGACCGCAGCGACGGGAGAUCUAGGACCCUGGGAUGACUUUGAGAGCCUCGACGACGUGCGACAACAGGUCGCCGAUCUUGAGAGCGACUACAACGCCAAGCAACCAGAGGAACCAUUGUCGGGUCGCAUCAUCCAUGUCAGCCACUACAUCCCCUUUGUGAUUCGAGCGCUGGCAGAGGUUGACUUUGAGCGGCGCAAGGAGGAGCAGAUCUCAGCGACGGCUAGCGUAGCAGCUAUGGCGGCUGCGGCUAGGGCGAGAAAGGCAGCCAGGCAAGCAGAGAUGGAAGCAAGAGCCAAAGAGGCAGCGGCAGAGCAGGCUAGAAGGGAAGCCGCCGAAGUGCAGAACAAGGGCGAGGAUCAGCAUAGCGCCAAAGCCAGCCCGAAUCGCCGACCAUCAGUAGCCCAGCCAGGCAGCGUCUUUACCCUCUUCGACGGCGCAGAGAUCGAGAGGCGUUUAGCUGAGAACCAGGCAAGAUCAAGGCUGCGUGGAGGAAGGAGAGCGUGGAUGAUGACGCCCGUCGUAGACGAUGAUGACGACAACGACGAUGCAAUGAGCGAGAAGGACGCCUACACUCCUGUGGGAAGUCGACGUCCUAGUCGCAUGUCCUUCAGCUCGCGUUUCAGCUUCUCCAGCAUGGACGGCGGCAACGACAGCCCGAGAGCCGCGAUACAAUACGGCAAUGCGGGGAUCAGUGACUUUGAGCCUAGCCCUGCAGCCACGCCGCCUCAGCAACAGAACCAGCCGACCCCUCCACAAUGGGUCCUCGCACCUCGUCGAGGUCAUACGGCUCUCAAUUCGGGCAUUCGCUCGCUGUGCAAGUCGCACAAGCAGACUUUCAUCGGAUGGCCCGGCGAUAUCCACUUUGCAGCGCAAGCUCGCAAGGACGAGCGCAAGGAGGCCAGCGAGACGACAAAGGAUGAGAGGAGAGAGAUCGAAGAGGUGCUGGGAAGCCUUGACGACCCGAAGAGCUGGAGGGAUCAAGACGCUCCUGUGCUUGGCGCAGACCCGUCAAUGAGCGCCGAUGGAGCUCCUCCUGUCCGACAAGUGCCAGGUCCAUUGAUGAACGGCGCCGAUCCUAUGUGCGAAGACGAGAGCGCACCAGCGCACGGCAUCAAGUACGUGCCCGUUUGGCUCGACUACGAAGUAGCACACGGCCACUACGAAGGCUACUGCAAGACGACGCUCUGGCCCUUGUUUCACUACCUCCUUUGGCAAGACGUCCCUGGUGACCGCAAAGGCUGGGAAGACUACAGCUGGGAGGCCUACUGGGCGGCCAACUCUGCCUUUGCCGAGAAGAUCGCCGCCGAGUACAAGCCAGGAGACAUGGUAUGGAUCCAUGACUACCAUCUACUCCUUGUCCCCGCAAUGCUGCGCGCUCUGGUGCCCAACGCACACAUCGGCCUCUUCGUCCACGCCCCGUUCCCCUCGAGCGAGAUCUUCCGCUGCCUUCCUAAACGCCGCGAGAUCAUCGAAGGAAUGCUAGGAGCAGACUUGGCCUGCUUCCAAGCCUUCAGCUACUCGCGUCACUUCCUCUCGUCGUGUAUCCGCGUCUGCGGCUAUGAGGCCUCUGCGACUAGCAUCGAGUCCAGUAGCGGGCAUGUCACGCACAUCUCAUACAAUCCAAUCGGCAUCGACGCGACCAAGAUCGCCAAAGAUGCAGAGGCUCCGGAAGUCCUGCCGAAGAUCAAAGCGAUAAGGGAUAUGUACAAGGACAAGAAGAUCAUCAUCGGCAGAGACAAGCUGGACGUCGUGAGGGGUGUUGUACAGAAGCUACAGGCUUUCCAGAAGUUCCUCGAGGAAUGGCCGGAGUGGCGAGACAAGGUCGUCUUGAUCCAGAUUACGGCGCCGAGCAUGACUGACUCGCCUAUGCUGGAGCGUCAAGUUUCGGAGCUGGUGAGCAACAUCAAUGGACAGUUUGGGAAUCUCAACCACACGCCAUGCAUUCAUUACCACCAGCAGUUGCUGAGGGAGGAGUACUUUGCGCUGCUCAACAUUGCCGAUAUGGCGCUCAUUACCUCGGUACGCGACGGGAUGAAUACCACAUCGAUGGAGUUCGUCCUCGCCAAUGGCAGCCAGGCCCCUCUCAUCCUCUCCGAGUUCACGGGAACAGCCGGCAGGAUGAGGCAGGCCUUGCAGGUCAACCCUUGGAAUACCUACGGUGUAGCUAAGGCCAUCGACUACGGCUUGCGUCUGACAGGCGAAGAGCGCAAGUUCCGCCACGACGAGCUGCAUCGUCAGAUCAUCGGGCACACUUCUCAUCACUGGGCGAUCCACCUCGUCAAGCUCAUUCUCCUCCGCCUCUUCUCCGACACCAACGCUCACUUCACUCCAGCUCUGGACCGCUCGCUUCUCAAGGAACGCUUCGACGCUGCAGAGAAGCGCUUGAUCCUUCUCGACUACGACGGCACUCUUACCCCCAUCGUCAAGGAUCCCGAAGCCGCCUUGCCCUCACAGCGUCUCCUCGACGCAAUGGAGCGUCUAGCACAGGACCCGCGCAACAUCAUCUACAUCAUCUCCGGGCGAGACGAGCGUUUCCUCACCAAGAUCCUCGGCCAUCUAACCAACAUAGGCUUCUCAGCCGAACAUGGCGGCUACAUCAAGGAACCUGGCUCCUCUGAAUGGGUCAACAUGACCGCAGCUCUCGAUAUGAGCUGGAUGGUCGACCUGCGCAAGGUCUUCGAGUAUUACACAGAGCGCACUUCGGGCAGCUGGAUCGAGCAGAAGAAGAGUGCAAUCACUUGGCAUUACAGGAAUGCAGACCCGGAUUAUGGGGCAUUCCAGGCGAAAGAGUGCCAGGCGCACAUGGAUAACUUUGCUGCUCAGGAGAAGUUCGCCGUGGAGGUCAUGGUGGGCAAGAAGAAUCUCGAGGUGCGACCACUUGCGGUGAACAAGGGUGAAAUCGUGAAACGCAUCGUCUAUAAUCACCCGGACGCUUCGUUUGUCUUCUGCGCCGGUGACGACCGGACUGACGAGGACAUGAUGAAGUUCUUCACCUCCCUCACCCCCAUCGACUCGGAACUGCUUGGCCCAUCCUCUCCCUCCAUCCAACAGCAGCAAGCAGCCUCCAGGGCCAGCGGGGUUCCCGACGGUCUGGCAGCCACCUGCGCUCAAGGCCAAGGCCCGGCAGCGGGCAGUGCGAAGGUCACUACGCUUUCACCGGCGGUCAGCAGGAGGGUGUCGCACGAAGGGGCCAGCGGUGCCGAGGAUCAGGAGAAUGUGCCACUCCUCAUGACCGCGCCUACCCCAUUGCACUCGGGAACGGCUACGCCUGUGGGUAAUGGCGGCAGUGGGAAAGGUCAACAGCAGGCCUCAUCCAGACUGCAGCGCGAGGUCUCCUCUGAGCUUUUGGCUGCCUCUUCAUCCGAAGAUGAGGGCGAAGCUACAGGCGAGGAAGGGGACAACAGCUUUGCCCAAAGUGAGGGGAACGACGAGGAAGACGCCCCUCGUGAGCUCGCUCUCACUCGCAGCGGCAUCUUCACAACGGCCGUGGGAGCCAAGGGCAGGAAGACGGUUGCGAAGUGGCAUCUCGACGGCCCGGGCAAUGUGGUCGACGUGCUUGCGACGAUGGCUGGGUUGCCAAAGGGGCCGGAGGGCGGAGGAUAUGGACCGAAGGCUGGGGAGGAGGGGGAAGAGAAGAAGGAGGAGACAAACGGGGAGUGAUUGAAGACGUCAAGCAACGAUGGUAAAGAAGCAACUGCUGAUUAUAGAAAAGUGACUAUGUGACCGAAACACGACAAGCAUAUCAAAACUGUGUUCCCCUCUUCCCUUCUGCCUUCUUCCCUCCCGGCGUCUCCUUGGUUCCUUCUAGAUGCGCAGCCCUCUCUCAAAUAGCUCCGGUUGUCAAUACAAACAUUAAGCAGUAAGCACUUUGACGUGCACGCACAGACGAC